AGCGUGCAGGGCGAGCUGCUCGGUAUUUGGUGUUGAUUCAUAGUUAUCCCUUCAAAGAAUGAAAAUGUGGAAGAGACCGAGCAGGGCUUGUUGGCAGACUGGUAGCCGGUGAAUGGAGGUCACAGCAGACACCGAGUGAGACAUAGAGGAGGAGAGGGAGGACGGACAGCGGCUAUCCGCCUUCAAAAAUGGCGUCUCCGGAGGAAAAUGAGUAAAAAAUAUUUAAACGCGGCCUAUUUCUUUACACUUCCUCGUUCGGCUUUUACGUAUUUUUUUUUUUUCGUUUUCUCGCGUCAUAGUUUGAGGUGUGAACGACCGCCGUUACUGGUUUCACUCGGAUGGCCUUCGGAGAAAAGACGGGAGCGCGUAUUUGGGGGAAAUAAAAGCAGCCCUGUUUUAUUUUGAUGCGUCGUUGCUGACAGCUAGCAUCUGCUGCUAGCCCCACACAGCUCCACUCCGGAGGGGGGGUGGUAACCAUUUGCAUGCAAAGAGAGAGCAGGAGGAGAGAAAAAAAAAAAAAGAGAGAUUUUCAAAUUGGGGAUUUUCUUUUUUGCUCGUCCAUGGGGAAUGAUUGCUACCAACGUGGCCUCGUCGAUUGCUAUCUUUUCUAGAGCUAGCAUCAGCGUAGCCAAAACUAGCCUGAAGAAAGGGGAGGAGAGACGGUGGAAAAAAAGGACGCGUUCAAGUCAAAUGUUUAAAAGCAAUUCCCCCAUCAGCGAGCAAAUCCGCGGCAUCUUCAUCAUGACCGUGACUGGUUUCAGACCGAGGAAAUGAUAAAGGCACAGGAAAAGGUGAAAGACUGGCUUUUUUUGGAGGUGGUUGGAUUGUAACCCCGUAAACCCCCCUCUUUUUUCAUCCAGCUUUCUCCUCCUCCCCACCAUUUCUCUUUCAAUAUGCUGUUUUCCACUCCUGAGGACUUGCUUAUGAAACCGGGGAAAAUAGCUUGAAAGGGAGAACGUGGAAAGACUGGAUUUUUCGUGCCCUGCUACGUUCUCGUCGCUUUCAUCCCGAUCGCACGCACUGUACCGCUCCUAAAUGGAUAGAAAUUACCCGGGAACAGGAUUUGGUGAUUUGGGCGCAGGAGCAGGAUGGAGUUACGACAGAACGGCAAAAAGUCUGGUAUAUGGGAGUUCCAGAUCAUCCCACCCUGACUCUGAGCUCCUUCAUAGACAAGCCUACUCCACCCCACACCCUCUGCAGGGCUAUGCCACCAAUCACCACCCAGGGAGCUCUGGCCAAGGCGGGGCUUGGGGAGCAGCUGGACGGAGUUUGGGUCUUUCUGGCCUUUUCGACACUGGCCUACACCACGCCAGCCCCUCUGCUCCUGACGCCUCGGUCAUGAACCUGAUCUCAGCUCUGGAGUCCCGAGGUCCCCAGCCUCCACCCUCCGCCUCCUCCCUCCUCUCUCAGUUCCGCACGCCAUCCUGGCAGACAGCGAUGCACACGCCUGCACCCCCUGAACUGUUCAUCUCUGGAGCCCUUCCUGGCUCUGGAUCCUUCCCUUCCUCUUCAGCUCUAUCAGCUUACCAACAUCCAGCAUCCUUCUCCAGUCGCUCUUUCCCUGCAGCUUCCCUUUCCCUACAGGACACACCCACAUUUAGCCCCACAUCCAAUGGUCUUCUCUCCCCCCACGACCCCCUUAUUCACAUCAAAGCGCCAUCCCAGUCCAGCCUGGGUUUUGAUAGACUCCUGUCCUCACAGGGUGCUGCAGCCGCUGCCUACAGGGGCAGCCAGGACCCCACGGGUGCAUCAUCAGCUCAGGCGUCUUCUGCCAGGCAUCUGCAGUCACACCAGUUCAAUCUACUAUCGUCUCAGCUUCAAGAUCAAUCCUCCCAGUUGUAUAACCCGUCAGUGUUCUCCUCAGCCCAGCCCCAGCCUCAGUCCCAGUCGCAGUCCAACUCGGCUCAGGAGAGGGCCAUGCCCCGACAGGACAGCGUCAUCAAGCACUACCAACGGCCCACGCCUGCUCAGUCACAGCUCUCGUCCUCAGCUGCUCACUCUCUCCAGCACUAUCUCAGCUGCGGAGGAGCAGGUUACCAGCAGAUCGCCACCCAUCACAGGCACGCUGGCCUUCCUUGCAGUCCGCUAGGGGACCAGAGCCCCUCGUCUGACCAUAAGCCUUCCUCUCGCACUGAACAGUAUCGACCUAUCAUUCAGCCUCCCUACUCUUCAUCUUCCUCUUCAUCUUCUUCCUCAGCCGGAAAGGGUACAAAAAGUAGUUCCAGUAGUGGCUAUUCUUCAGGCAGUUCUGCAUCGUCAUCGAGAACUCCACAUACGCCCCCCUCAGCUUCCUCGACCUCCUCUUCUUCGUCCUCUUCUUCUGCAGCAUCAGGGGCUCAUCCUUCAAACUCGAUUCCCACCUCCAGCUCCAGCGCUGCUCCGUCUCGACAGCAGCCACCCCCUCAACCAGCUCCGCCUCCUCCUACCCCUCAGCAGCAGCCUCCCUCCACCUCCACUUCAGCUCCCCAAUCUCUCCCCAAGUCCUGCCUGUCAGGCUACGGGUCUCCUGUGCCCCCAGUGAAGACCCCCACCUCUGCUCUUACUGGUCAGACUCCCCCUCAACAACAGACUCAGUCGUAUUCUCCUAAUCAGCCCCCUACAUCUCACCUGGCACAGUCCUAUGGAGGCUUCAACUCACCACAGGCCCAAGACUUGAGCUCUGGUACAGGUGGAAAAGGUUACGGAAGUUUAGGUGGGCGGAGCCAUUCGUAUUCCACUGAUCUAUAUGGAGCUGAUUCUGCUUAUGGAUCACUACCCUCCUCUCUAGGUGGAGCGGGCAGCCCAUCACUUGGUUAUGGAGCUCCAGGUCACUCACCUGCCCUUUUAAGGUCAAGUGGUUCAUCAGGUAGUGGAGCAUCUGGAGGAGGAAGCAGCAGCGGCGCAGGGAGCGGGAAUUCAGGAUCAGGAGGAGCGACGGGAAAUGGCAUGACCAGCGAGAGAGGUGGAGGAGGCAGCGGGGGAGGUUCAUAUCAUAUUCCAGACUCCAGCCCCUCUCCAUCAGGCAACUCGGGCAUCAUCCGGCCAGGGUUGCACUCCCCAGUGCCCCCCUGUCCCACUCAGUCUCCAGGUGGUGCUGGCUCAAACAAAUACAUUCCCUCAGUUCUCUCACCUACUUUUCUGGCAUCCCCCCAGGCGUACCCUGACACCAGAGGUCCUACCUCCCAACCUCAGUCGUAUCAUUCCAACUCCUCCAAAGCAAAACCGGAUGCGUCCAUGAUGGGCGUGGGCUCCCAGAGAUCCCAAGAGGAAGUGGAUGACGACGAUGAGUUUUUGAUUCAGCAUCUGCUUCAAGCCCAACCAAGCCCUGCUCCUCAGGCUGCUCAUCACCAUGCUCCACAACAGCCCCAGCAGACAUCCCAGCAAACACAACCUCAACCGCAGCCGGUACCCCCAACUAGUGAUUCAGGCAAAGGGAUGAGUUAUGACAUGGGCAAGACCCCCGAGGAGAGGUACCACCCUCAAAGUGUUAUACGUACACACAGUGCAACAUCCACUGCCGGGGUGGGAAAUACAGGUUCUGGAGGGUCCAUUUCUGGGCUGGACAACCAACUAGAGAUGUCACUUAAAAAGCAGCAGCAUCAACACCAUCAUCAGCCACAACAGCAGCAACAAAGAAGCGACAGAUCUGUUGGUAGCAGCAGAAAUGGCAAUGGAAGAGGCAGUGCCGAGCAAGUGCACUCGCACCUUCAUCAUCACGACAGCCUCGGUUCUGUUGUUCAUUACGGCCGGGGCGACCCAUACGCCCAGCACACCCUCGCUGCCCAACACUCCUCACACAGUCAACACGUGUCCUCACAUUCUCAGAUGCCACCGCACCAAAUGGAGCUCCAGAAGAAGCCUCAGGAGCGUGCGGAAAUCCCCUAUCCUCGGAAAACGCCGGAGCUGCAGCAACAGCACCCUCAGUCCCAAACUGCCGUGUCCCUUAUGGACUCCCCCACAGAUCAGUCCCGUCAGCCGCCACACCUGCUCCAGUCGGUGCUGUCCCACACAACCCGCAACAAGCUUGAGCCUCAUCAGUCGCACCACAAGAUGGACUCCCAUCGCCAACACCAACAGCACCACAAAAUGGAUCCCCUAACGCCUCAUCAGCAACAUUCGAAAAUGGAUUCCCACCCUCAGCAUCCGCAGCACCACAAAAUAGAUUCUCAUUCGCAGCACCAACAGCACCAUAAAAUGGACUCCCAUAGCCAACAGCAGCAGCACUCCAUUAGCCAGCAACAAGCUGUAAUGGAAGGCGCUGCUGGGAGACUCGGCUCCAGUAAGCAUUCGGCUCAGUCCCAGUCUCAAACCACCCAGCUCCAGCUUCAGCUGCAGUCCCAAGCUUUGGAAGUGGCGGCCGCCCACUACAACCAUGGCCCACAUCAGCAUGACCAGAACCAGGUCAAACAAAGCUCAGUGGUUUCCUCCCUGGACAUGCUGGAACGUUCCCUCUCUCAGACCUCCAGCACAGAUGUCGGUGUAACAGAAGACAGACGUGGCGGACCGGGCAGCGCUGGGAGGAGCGGCGGCGGUAGCAGCGAGCGCCACAGGCAGCAGCAGGAGCCACAGAGGCAGCACCCUCCCCACCAUCAGUCACAACAACCUCAUCACUCUGCCCCUGAGCUCCACUCCUUUCUUACAGAGCCUGACAUUGGCUUAUCAACGCCAUCUCACAUGCACCAUCUCUCACAGCAUCACGCGCAGCAGCAGCAACAGCAGCACCCAACCUCUCAACACCAACAGACUCACCCCCACCUCCCCCACACCCAGCCUCAUCCUCAGCAGCAGCCCCCUCACCCUCACCACAUUCCCCCAUCCUCUGCCCCACCCCACCCCCAGUCUCAGCCCGACCCACAGCAACCACUCCCAAGCCAGCUCACCACGCAGCAGAGCCAGUUGGACCAGCAACGCUCAGAUCAGCACCAGUUUGAUACAGUCAGCCCAGUAGAGAAAGCAGACCAGAAUCAGCAAAGCAAUCGGUUCGUACCUUUAACCUCUAUCUGCUUCCCGGACUCCCUCCUUCAAGACGAGGACCGCUCCUUUUUCCCAGGAAUGGAGGACAUGUUUUGUGCGGAGGACUACAAGUCGAGCUGUGCUGGUGGUGCAGGUCCAGGGCAGGAGGAGAUGAAUGAAAGCCAUCCUGGGCAAGAAGGUAUGGAUUCAAUGAAAGCUGGACAGAAUGCAGGAGGAGCUGCAGGGAGUAGUGGACCUGGCUACGACAUGAUGGGUCACCAUGGUGGGGAUCAGGCUUAUGAACCUUACUGUCAUGGCCUGGAAGAACCCAGCAACAACACCAUGACUUUGGAUCUAGAUUCUCUUAAGACUCACGAGCUUCCCUCCACGGUCAACACUGAACAGUUGGGUCUAAUACAGUCCCAGCCUCCGGCUAUGGGCAUGGGGUCCAAUACAGCUGGUCCGAACAACGCUGGAGCUAAACUUUCCUCUGCUCCUGGAGGAACUGGCUCAGGAACAGGUUCUGGAGGCCUCCAGUCUCCAAUUUUCUGCUCAUCUCGGCCCAAGAAACUCCUCAAAUCCAGUUCGUUCCAUCUGCUAAAGGAACGCAGGGACCCCAACACACUACCUAAGAAAAGUUAUGCCCAAGAAUAUGAAUUUGAAGAUGAUGAGGAUAAAGCUGACCAGCCUGCUGACAUCCGGCUGAACAGCCGCAGGCUGCCUGACCUUUUACCAGAUUUAGUGUCCAGUUGCAGAAAGGGAGGAGGUGGAUCACUGAGCCCUUUAAUGGGCGACAUAGAUUUUUACCACUCCUCUGGCUACUCUUCUAUGGGUUCACACUCUAUCCUUCCUCCAGACGGGCCCAAGAAGAGGGGCCGAAAGCCUACUAGGCCAAAAAGAGAGGGCCCCCCGAGGCCUAGAGGCAGGCCACGUAUCCGCCCCAUGCCGGAGCCCUACACCCCACGGGGCAUGAUGGGGGAGAUGGGUGGAUCAACAGUUGGAGGGGGAUUCAGCGUGGAGGGACGCGGUAGAGGUAGAGGGCGCGGAAGCCGAGGAAGAGGAGGAAGGAGAGAGGAUAUGUACAUGGAGAUGAGCGGAAAGGAGCAGGAUCAGAUGCACUCGCAUCACCUGCAGCAGCAAUCACAGCAGCUCCAUCACCCGCCCCAACAGCAGCAGCAGGAGCCCAUCCCACCUCUCAAGAUCAAGUUGCCAGUUGGUACUCUGUCCUCCUGUGACGCCUUGCUGAGGACAGACUCUUUGUCUGGCACCGACCCUGCUUUGUCAGACGGCUCGGUUGGCUCCGCUCCCUCGCUCGGUUUAAGUCCUGGACCCCCCUGCAGCACUGAGAGUACCAGGAGCCAAGACAAGAACAAACAGAAAAGCCAGAUGAUAAGUGAAGGAGUUGAUGAAGAGGGAUUGGAUGAAAGGGGAGAUGAGAAGGAUUCGGAGUCUAAAGCUGGCUUUGUGGCUUCGUUCCUGGACUUCCUAAAGACGGGGAAGAGGCCUCCGGGGUUGGACAUUUCACCUGGAAUGGAACAUGACAACGGCGAAACUUUACCCUGUAAAGCAGGGGGUCUGCGCGCCCUGUCUCCUGCGCCACCUCCCCCACCGCCGCCACCUCCGUUUGGGGACAGUGAGGGGAAUGGAGGUCUGGCUCUUGGCAACUGCCCCAGCCCUAAGCGCUUAGAAGAUGAGCUAAAGAGAAACUUGGAGACUUUGCCAUCUUUCUCCUCUGAUGAGGAGGAUUCGGUUGGAAAGAACCAGGACCUCCAGAAGAGUAUCUCCUCAGCCAUUUCGGCUCUGUAUGACACUCCUCAGCUGACCUCAAACAUCCAAGCCCCUCUACCGCCCCCACCUCCUCAGACCCAGACUCAGCCUAUUCAGGCUCCCCUUACCCCCACAAUGCAGCCUCCUGCGCUGAGUCCACAGCCAAGUGUGCAAACCACACGCUCCCAGCCUGAGUCUGAUGAACCGGAUGUCCUCCCUCCAGAAGACGGGGACAUGGAGGAGGGCAAAGAGGAGGAAAACAAAGAUGAAAGGAGUACAGGAGGGGAAGAAGAGAGGGAUCUAACAGAGGAGAGGGAACUCCAGCUAGAAACUCCGGGUGUUCCUAAACUUGAUGCUCAUCUUCCUGAGAUUCCACCAGAGCCCGCAACUCCUGAGCAACCGUCUGUCCCUCCAUCUCCUGCUUCAUCCUCUUCUCCUUCUCACUCCCCCCUCCCUCCCCUCUCUCUCCCCUCACCACAACCUCCACAAGAUGAACAACUGGAGGAUUCCCAGCAACUGAGCCCUGCUGCUCCCAGAACCCCAUCUCCACCUCCCCCUCCUGAACCAGCCACCAUCCCUCAGGCUACCACACCACCUCCAGCUUCUCCGCCUCCUCCAUCCUCAGCUCAAAAGGAGUCUCCCAUGCCGUCCCCAGAGUCUCCUGCCUCUCCUGAAGAGCCUCCAGCUCCUAAGAUCACCUCUCUGCACCUUGCUCAGAAGCAGGAAGAUGCUGCCAUUGUUGGAGAAAGUGAGGAUGAUGAGAGCGAGAGCGGAGGGGAAGGCAUCUUCAGAGAAAGGGACGAGUUUGUGGUGCGGGUGGAGGACAUUCGGACUCUCAAGCUGGCUCUGCAGACAGGCCGCGAGCCUCCACCCAUCUGGAGGGUGCAGAAAGCUCUGCUGCAGAAGUUCAGCCCUGAGAUCAAAGAUGGGCAGAGGCAGUUCUGUGCAACAAGCAACUAUCUUGGCUACUUUGGAGAUGCUAAAAGGCGGUACCAGCGGAUUUAUGUGAAAUUUCUGGAAAACGUCAACAAAAAGGACUAUGUGAGGGUUUGCUCUCGGAGACCUUGGCGCCGAGCUGCUCCUGGGCUCAGGCGACAGUCCCUUCCUAGAAUGGCGUCCCCACCUGCCACCCAGGGACCACUGCCACCACCUCCACCGAGGGUAACAGAGAAAGAAGAACGAGUGACUCCACCUUUUCCUCGAGAACAAAAAGAGAAAACGGCAAUGACUACAGAACAUCAAGAGAAGAAGGAGGUUGCAGCCGCUGUGCCCAAAGCCAAGGAGAAGGAGUCUGAGAAGGAAAGGGAGAGGGUGAAGCGGGUACAGAUGCAGCAAGAAAAGGCGGAGAAGCGAUUACAAAUGCAGCAGGAAAAGGCGGAGAAGCGGCUACAGAUGCAGCAGGAAAAGGCGGAGAAGCGAGCACAAACGCAGCAGGAAAAGGCGGAGAAGCGGGUACAGCAGCAGCAAGAGAAGGUGGAGAAGCGGACACAGCUUCAACAGGAAAAGGUGGAGAAGCGGACACAGCCUCAACAGGAAAAGGUGGAGAAGCGGACACAGCCUCAACAGGAGAAGGCGGAGAAGCGGACACAUUCUCAACAGGAAAAGGUGGAGAAGCGGACACAGCCUCAACAGGAGAAGGCGGAGAAGCGGAUACAUCCACACCAGGAGAAGGCGGAGAGGCGAAUACAUCCAUACCAAGAGAAGGCGGAGAGGCGAAUACAGCAGCAGCAGGAGAAGGUGGAAAAACGUGUGGGAGCUGCAGAGCGGGGUAGGGUAAAGGAGGACAAGAAAACGGAGAAGAAGGAGAAGGAAAAGGCUGAGCGACCACCCAAGUCCAAGUCAACCAAGGUGAAAGCUGAACCUCCACCCAAGAAGAGGAAGAAGUGGCUGAACAUACCCUCAUCGGUACCUUCAUCUUCUGACUCCAACUCCUCUGAUGAGGCGGCUAGUGAGAAUGAAAUGCCAGUUAAGGGUGGAGUAAACAACCGCGCCAUGAGGGAGAUGUUCAGGAGCUACGUGGAGAUGCUAGUGAGCACGGCCCUGGACCCAGACAUGAUCCAAGCUCUGGAAGACACAGAUGAUGAGCUGUACCUGCCCCCGAUGAGGAAGAUUGACAGCAUCCUGAGCGAACAGAAGAGAAGGUUGUUGAGGAAAGUCAGCAUGAGUUCUCAACACCAGGAUGUUAUGCACGCUUACCCCCAAAUGAUCGCAGACUCUCUGGACACAGGAGUGGUGAGGGUGCGGCUAACUGGUGACGCUUACAACCGAAAGACCCUCAACAGAGUCAAGAAAUCCCUGCCUAAACCACAGGACCUUAAACUGUCGUCUGAGACGUACCGGAUAUACAGUCUCUACCACUCCCUGCAUCACUAUAAAUACCACACCUUCCUGCAGUGCAAGAAAGAGACCAACACCAUUGAGCAGGCGGCCGAGGACCCGGGCCAAGAGGAAGUGGUGCAGCAGUGCAUGGCCAACCAGAGCUGGUUGGACACCCUCUUUAGCUCCUUCAUCGAGCUGCUCACACUCAGCACCAAAGCCUGAGUUUUCCUCAUAAGGAGACACACAGAGAGCUAAAGUAAGACAAUUAAAAAAUGAAUAAAUAAAAUGAGAAAUGGGGGGGGGGAAGAGAUGACUCCCACUGUACAGCCCCCAGACCCUCUUCAGAUCCGAGCAGGAAGUUUUUAAGGCCCUUAAAGAACACAAGAGGGCCUGCUGACCUGACCUCGGACCCUGGCCUGUUUUUAUUUUGUCUUGUUGUUGACCAAUCACUAAAGAAAUAUCUUACUUUGUGAGAGUGGGACCCUACUGGAUGAAAGAAGGGGUGAGGGGGGCUCCGGGGGGACCGGAUUGUUGUUUAAAAAAAAGGGAGAGAAACGAGGAAGGAGAGAAGGAGCCGAUAAACCAAGUCAACGGAGGAGUCACUGACGUCUUGUUAACUGUGUCACGAAAGACAAUAGCUCAAAGAGAAACUAUUACUGCUUAGUUUUUACAUAAAUUAUUUUUUUGAAGAGACUAACAUCAGCUGUCGGCUUUUUGAGAAGAGUGGAAGGAGGCGAAAGUGCUUUUUAACCUGCGUGCAGAGCGUGCUGUGAGCAGCGUGAUCAUGGAUAGAAACAUGAAAAGUGUUCAGAAACGCUCUCUGUCGUCAUGUGCUACGUGAAAGGGCAGCACCAGUCGGCCGUGUGGUAAUAUAUGAACGCAUUUUUAUUAUUUAUAUGAGGAGGUUUUUAACUUAAAAACUCUCACGCGCGCUGGUUUGCUGCCCCAGACGUUUUAAAUAGCUUUUUAUUUUCCACAGGAUCAGUAUACAAUCAUAACCCACAUAUCCAAGUCGUCUUCCCCUCUAUACAAAAGAACAGGCGUCGAGACAGAAAUAUUGUAUCAAAUACAGUGGGUGUAAAAUUGAAAAAAUAAGAAAAAAAGAACAAGAACGGUAACAUUUAUUUGAAACUUAACAUUGUUGUGCUUCAGUUCAAUCAUCAGUCAUGCAGGUGCAAAGAAAAAGAACUAUCCCUUUCCCAUGUGGGAAGGAGUAUAAAUAAGUAAUAUUUAAAGAGGAAAUAGUCAUUUCAUUUUUAUCAUUUUGAUGUCUGUGCAUACUAUGACUUAUUUUGAAAACAAUCCGAUUUUCCAUAAAAAAGGAAAAAAAUGUGUAAAUACUGUACAGUUCUUGAUGAAACUCUUUGUCCUUCUGUACAUUAACUCUCCUGUAUUUGAAAAACAAAUAAAAUCUACAAAGAACAAA